CCUGUUGGGCCCAGCGCUCUCUGAAUCGUGGGGGUGGGUGGGUUUUGCGGGCGCUGAAACGCCCAUGGACCCCGCCUCCCGCUCCAGCGGUGGCACAUCUGGCUGCCCACGUGACUCGUCUGGUCCCUUAAGUGACUAGCCGGAGUAGGCAGCUGUCACCAUAACAACCGAAUCUGAAGGGGGAGCCAGUCCUUCGUAGCCCCCCCCCCCGCCCCCAGAUAGGAAAGAAGUGAGGCUGGGUCGGAGCGGGGUAUCGAAGGGACCAUGCUCCAGCAGCUGCGGCUGAACGAGAGCGGGGACAAAAGUGGGUGCAGUCCAAGGAAAUAUCCACCCUCUUGCACUGCCUAGGCAAGGUAAAGUCAAUGGAGUGAGCCAGGCAGAAGUAGGAGGGGUGAAAGAGAAGGAGAAGGGAGCGAGACUACGUGGGUGGGGUGGGGGAUAAUAGAGACACAAAAGGAGAAGCAGAACCAAGAAGGAGGAAUCGUGGAGCGGGGUGGGAAUUACCGAGGGAAUCAACCUGAGCUCCCUCGGGGAGGGAAGCAGCUCUCCUCCACCCUGUUAGUCCAGGAGGCAGCCGCUCCCCAUUCAUUUCCCACACCAGCCAGGGCGAUGUGGACCAAGCUCAGAUAAAGGCACCAUCUAUGAGCAAGAGGAGACAAAGGGGGAUUCUCGGUCCAAAGUGACAGCAAGAGGGAAGAAGACGAGGACGAAGGACUAGGAGAGGGAGGGGAGACCCAGCCCCUGCUCCCCUCCCCCCCCACACCCCGCCCUGGCCAUCGGCACAAACCCACAGAGCCCUCCAACUGCUGUCACCUUCCAGCUAUUGGUUGCCUUUUGAUGCCAUGGGGAACAGCUUCUCCAGCAUCCCAGCACUGCCAAGGGGCAACCCGAGCCGGUUCCACAGGGUCCAUCAUCAGCAUCUCAAAGACUCCAUAGGUGGACCCUUUCCUGCAUCCUCUCACCGAUGCCAUCACAAGCAAAAGCAUUGUCUGCCCAUUCCACAGUGCGGAGCACUCUCAGUCAGCCCACUGCUGUUCCACCCCCACACCAAGGGAUCGCAGAUCAUCAUGGACACCACACAGAAGGCAGUCAAGCGGCAGGCAAGCUUCUGCAAUGCAAUCACUUUCAGCAACAGGCCGAUAGUUAUCUAUGAGCAAGUCAGGCUCAAGAUCACAAAGAAACAGUGCUGUUGGAGUGGGGCUCUUCGACUUGGUUUUACUUCCAAAGAUCCCUCCAGGAUUAACCCAGAAACCCUGCCCAAAUAUGCAUGUCCAGAUCUGGUUUCUCAGAGUGGAUUCUGGGCCAAGGCCCUCCCAGAAGAAUUUGCAAAUGAAGGAAACAUCAUAGCAUUUUGGGUAGACAAAAAGGGACGUGUUUUUUAUCGGGUUAAUGACUCUGCUGCCAUGUUGUUCUUCAGUGGUGUGAGGACCACCGAACCACUCUGGGCUUUGAUUGAUGUGUAUGGACUCACACGUGGAGUACAGCUACUAGACAGUGAAAUUAUUCCUCCUGAUUGCCUCCGUCCAAGAUCCUUCACAGCCAUCCGCCGUCCUUCACUGCGCAGAGACACUGAGGACACCCGGCUGUCUGUGAGCCUAUGUGACCUCAACCUCCAGGAGGAGAACUUCCAUGUCAUGGCUGCCAUGUGUCCUAUCCCUCAGAACUCCCUCAACUCUCAACAUUCCCAUCUCCUCCCAUCCCAGCUUGAAAGCGACCUCCGUUUCCAUCAGCUAAGGGGAGCCCAUAUUAAAAUUCUGGAUGACCAGACUGUGGCCCGUCUGGAACAUGCUCGGGAAGAGAGAACUUUGGUUUUCACCAGCAGACCACUUAGAAUCAAUGAAACUAUAUUUGUGAAAAUUAAUAAAUCCAACACUUCACGUACUGGGACUCUCUCUUAUGGGGUAACCACUUGUGAUCCUAGCACCCUGAGGCCCAGUGACCUUCCUUAUAAUCCAGAGUCUUUAGUUGAUAGAAAAGAGUUCUGGGCAGUUUGUAGAGUUUUGGUACCUCUCCAGAGUGGAGACAUUUUGGGAUUCAUGGUGAAUUCAGAAGGUGAACUGCAUUUGAGCCACAAUGGAGCAAGCACUGGCAUGCAGGUCUGCGUGGACUGUUCCCAGCCACUGUGGAUGUUCUUUGGUUUACAUGGAGCAGUGAUGCAAAUCCGUGUCCUGGGUUCUACUCUCCUAGCAGAGCGCUGGGGUCCAUCUGCACCAAGCUCGCCCACCUCAUCUCCAAACUCACCCUCCAUCCUCUGCAGUGGCGUUUCUGACCCUAUUCUGAGUACCUGUGGUUCUGGCCCUCUUGGCAGCUCAAUCAGUGGCACUGCUCCAAACUCUCCCGUCAGCAUGCCCGAGUCCCCUCUUUCCCCCUCCAUCUCAGGGUCCUGGAACGAUGAGUGUACCAUCUGCUACGAGAACAUGGUAGACACCGUCAUUUACUCCUGUGGACAUAUGUGCCUGUGCUACACAUGUGGGCUCAAACUCAAGAAGAUGGCCAAUGCCUGUUGUCCUAUCUGCAGACGUGCCAUCAAGGACAUCAUCAAGACCUAUCGCAGCACCUAGAGCAGCAUGGCAGAAAGGGUGGGGGCUGGGGAGAUACUCUUUAUGAACUGAACAAGACCAGGGGCGGGGGAAAGGGUUGUUCUAGCUGUCCUUUCCCCCAUCCUUAUAUGCAUAGCCCAUUCAGAACACCACCACUCAUGGGCAAAUUCGAGAUUUGAGGCUGAUGAUUUCUUCCUUCCUUGGCACAUAGCAAAGAGACAUCACUUACACAGAUAUGCAGCUGGCAAGAAAAGUUGGAUCUCAUGCCUUCCCCCCUUUCCUUGCCUUUUUGCUUAGACAGACAUUGCAAGAAGCAAGUGAGGAAGGGAUGCAAAAUAACCACAUUUUGCUUAGGCAUGUUCGCAGUUACCUUAUGUCAAUGCGUUCAAAAUUUAAGAACUAAGUGGAGCAGAAAAGGAUCAAUCUCUGACAGCUUUCCAAACAGCCACACAUGCACAUCAGUGGCAGCUGGACUCCACUCCUCACCCCAUGGGUAGGCGGCAUACGUUCAUGCUAAGGAAUGCUGUUCUUGGUUGCUGCUUCUGCACUGUGCUGCCCACAGGAGGCUGUUGUUCAUGAGCAGCCUUCAAGUUAUAUUUUCUACGCAUUCUUCCUUCCUUUCCCUCUCCAGCCUGCUACUUGCCCCCUGCCCUUGCCAGCAGCUCUACAGGAUGAACAAUCCACCUUCAUCUUCUGCAUUUUUUUAAAGCAUUGAUCCAGGUGGCUGCUUUCAAUGGUCAAAAGGAUCAAUUCCUAUCUGCUUUCUAAAAAUUAUGGAGCACAUUAUAGAAGCCAUAAGGAAGAUGGUCUACAAAGGCUUUUCAUUAGGAGACUGAACACAGGUCUGGGUUUUGAAGGAAAGUAGAAUCACUGAUAAUUUAAGAACUCUUGGCCAAAUUGAAAGUUUGCCACAGAGCUUGAUUAUUUAGUUAUAAAAAAAACAGAGAUCACGAUCCGAAAUGGUUCACUUUACUUUUCUUUCUUUCUUUCUCUUUUUCUUUCUUUCUUUGGUUGUUUGAAUGAAUGAGUGAAUGAAGGAUUUUUAAAGCACGCUUCCCAUCAUGUGAAAGACAAUGGUCUUGCGUCUCUUGGUCCUACCACUGUGAAUAUGUCUGGUGUAACUGAAUUUUUGGUGUUUCCCUCGGUGUCUUACUGCAGUUGAUUAUGCCAUGAUGGACAAGCACAAGGCCUCAUUCUUCCAUAAUCCAUUGUUUUCUCAGUUCCAUUUGACAAAGACCCAGACUAAUCUGAAACACAUCAUCACCUUGCUCCAAGUGUGUUCACCAGCUGCACAAUGCUUUCAAGCAUCACUGUUGACAGAAACUGACAAGUCUCACAUCCCCAACCAAGGGCUGGACUCUGAGCUACAACUACACACCAUCAUGCUAGAUAGAAAACUGAUGAGGGCUUAAAUGCAAGGAGUCAGAAGGGCAGGGUGGGUUUCUGAAAGGGGGACCUUUUGGUUUCACCAAGUCAUGUCAUUCUACAUGCGUACCAUCAAGGUUAUAGAUAGUCAAAGGAGAAGGCCUAUCAUCUUUAAAUGCUACUUUCAAAAGAUAGGGAACCAGGGCAAGACAUUUCUAAGAAACUGCCUUUACCGAAAAAGAAAGGAGAACUCUAUGACAGAGGUACUUGCAGGCAGGUAAUUGUGGAUUGGACUAGGCUUUCCCAUCCUUGUAGUCCACAUAUAUGGCUUUAGUGUACUGGUCCCUGUAUAGGGGUUGCAGGACUACAUGGUUCCGUGCUCAAUGAGAUCUCAUUUGGGAGGGAAAAGCUGGUGCAUUUUUUUUAACAGCUCCCACUCUGAUAUUACAGGCUUUAACUCAGGAGUCAACACAGGACCAUCAGGACAGACUUUCAGAUGUAUAGUCAUAAGAGAGUCACCUCUUGCCAUUUACAUUGUGUGUUACCUAAUAUGUAGUCAAAUUCUCGGCUAAAAGUGCCUCUCCCUUUGGGCCUGCUUGCAAGACCAUCUGGGCAUGUGGCUUUUUCAUGAGAAAACCCUGCCUACAUUCGCCCUCAGCCUGUGUGAAAUUCAUCAGCCUCCAGGGUCCUGUGCAGGUUCUGGAAUGUGACUGCAAGUGUCACUGUGAAGGUUUGCCUUCAGCCAACUCCACAUAGGCUAGCUGGCAGCAUACGUAGGCUUUUCAAGCACUUUGGCUGUAGUUAUCAUGCACUUAGACCCUUAGAAUGGCCACGCAUCAUGUACAAUUGGGUAGGCUACACUCUAGCAGUUCAGUGAAUGCCAAUCCUUGCAUGGAUGAAAUGUGUCCUGGCUAGAAAGGAGAGCCUCAGUUUAUUAUUAUUAUUAUUAUUUUACAUUUAUAUCCCGCUCUUCCUCCAAGGAGCCCAGAGCGGUGUACUACAUCCUUGAGUUUCUCUUUCACAACAACCCUGUGAAGUAGGUUAGGCUGAGAGAGAAGUGACUGGCCCAGAGUCACCCAGCUAGUUUCAUGGCUGAAUGGGGAUUUGAACUCGGGUCUCCCCGGUCCUAGUCCAGCACUCUAACCACUACACCAUGCUGGCUCUCAUUUUCUGGCUCUCACAGCAUACGCACACUCUAAGCUUGUCCCAGAGGAACGGACAGCUGCCCAACCACCACCACUAGGUGGUGGUGCUCAUCUGUGCUUGUCUAUUUCUAAACAAAUUAAGAGCUCACCAUCAGCAUGCACCUGGAAGCCUUCAGUGUGAAGCACUUGCAGAGCGUUUUUUAAAGAGAGAGGAAUUACUACUCCCCUCCUUAUCUAUGGUUUAAGGGAACAUUAUGUAAAGAGGCAACCAUCCACCUUGCCACAGUCCAUGACAAGCUGGAUGGCAAAAGUUACUGUAUACCACUCAGCUCAGGAGUCCCCUCGGGGACAUCACAAGACCGUUGGAGCCAGGCUAUGGCAAGCCUCCUCUGCAGUACCAAUUGCCCAUUGAGUUCCCAGAGCAAGUAGCCUAAAAUGUGUGCCUGUUGUCUUUCUAUUGUUCUAUAGCAGGGCUGCUCAACUUUGGCCCUCCUGCAGAUGUUGGCCUACAAUUCCCAUAAUCUCUGGCUAUUGGUCACUGUUGCUGGGGAUUGUGGGAGUUGUAGUUCAGAAACAGCUGGGGCACCUAAGUGGAGCAGGCCUGUUCUAUAGAAAGCACUGGGCAUAAGUAGCUAAGAGAAUUAUAGCCUUUGGCUGCAGUCCUGUUCCUAGUUUGGUAGGGAUAAGUUAUGUUGAAAGCAGUGGGAUUUGCAUCUGAGGAAACCUAUCUCAGAUCAGGCUCUAGUUCUUCUGCAAAGGCCACAUCAGCCCCAGCCUCUUUUACUGGGAUCAGAUACAAAACAAAAGAUACAGGCCACAGUCGAGGGCCAAGUCACGCAGCAAGUUGACUGUGGGUUUAGGACUGCUGAAGGUAACCGUGGAUUAGGGCAGGGGUAGAAAGGUCAUUUUCACAGAAUUGCACUGUUUUCCUAUUUUGAGGAUUAUCGCAUCCACAGGGGAAAAGCCCAUACUCUUUAGAAAAUGAAAUAAAAGCAGCAAUAGUGUUAGGAGAGCCAGAUGCCUGAACUAUUGUAACAAGAAGAGCACCACCUGGGUGGAUCAGAUUUUGCCAGUAAGUAUUUGCAAUUCUCUAGGAUGUAUUUUAACAAAAGAAAGCUCCAUUCCCACAUUUCUUAUUGGCCAAUAUUCUAUGGAAACAAACAGCCUGAGCCUGUCUUGGAAUGAUAUUUUUCCUAGUUAAAAUGCUGUUUUUUUGUUUAUGCUGCUAUUGUGCAUGGGAGAAAAAUAUUGGCUUAAGAGAAUAUAUUUGUAGAGAAUGCAUUUAUUAAACCCCCUUUUGCCAUUACUUCUACAGGAGCACACUCCCUAUUUUACAUACAACAUAAUAGCCUCUGUUGACCUGAAACAUUGCAGGUUUUGUAUCUCAAAACCUAUAUGACUAAAAGCCUUUAUAGCCUGACACUAGGGUCCUAAUCCAGCACUUAACAUGCUGUCAACAUUGUAUGUCAGUCAACAUGCACCUACCCAUGGUAGUUGUUAGUAUAGUCAACACUGGCAGACCCAGACACGUCUUAGAGGGAGAGGCAAGAAGAUGGGUCUGGAUCAGUCCAUUUCCUCUCUCCCCUCGUACAACUGGAUAUUUCAGUUGUAGAACUACACCGGACCUCUGUCAGGGUCUGUGCAGACUGGAACCAAGAAGGGGAAUCUUGUGUACGGCUCUGGAUGGCAAUAUCUGAAAGCAGGAAUUGCAAAAGGAUCACUCAUUUAGCCAUCAUUGCUGUACACUUGUUCCAUGCAUAGACUGUCCCUGCUGGCUCAGGGCUCUUACAUGAAAUGCCAAGUUCCCCCUAUAAUGCACAAGCGUCAUCAAAUGUGGUUCUCUGCUGCUUCCUGUAACCUGAUUUUUGUUAUUAGAGCUGAUCAGGUAAUGGUGGGCUGGAAUAUCUCCAAAACAAAAAAUGUUUCCUUGCAUCACUGUCUUGUUAUGGUUGCUGGAUGCAGCUUCUGCAAAAACCACCACCCUGACACGUGAUUUAACUGCUUUCCCUCUCCUCCCUAUCCCAGCACCAAUACAGGUUUUGUUUCACAGGUUGAACGACUUGACAAAAGGUUACUUGUUGGUUUUUUUGGGUUUUUUUGUUAACCCAGCCUGUUCCUAAUUCUUUGUUUACAAAUAAAAUCAAGUGGUUAAAUUACUUUAUUCAAUAAGAUGUCAUCAUUUCCAGGAGCAAGGUCCUGCAACCAUAACUAGGUUGUGAUGGAAGGAAAGACCUUUGUUUUGACUUGAAAACAUCCCAGCCCAUUUGCUUUUCAGCUAAAAAGGGAAAAAAAAAAUGAUCGGUGCUAGUAAGAAAAACUGGGUAGAAGUGAUGCAACAGUGGCCCCAGACUAUGCAUGUGCUAGGAAGUGGGAGAAAACAGCAGCAGCAGCUAACCCAUGUGAAAGGGGAAUGAAGUGGAAAAUGUAUAACACAAGUCAAGCUUGUUGGGAAACCUUAAAUAUUGCAGUUUAUUUGUCCAAACAAGCAUCGGACAGCCAGGUAAUGCCUUGGCCCUUCUGCUUUGCAGUUCAGCUGCUGUUUGAGGACCAUUGGUGUCAUUUGAACUGCAGAGCUGAUGAUCAUGCUGCUCUCAAAUUUGACUUGGUUCAAGUGUGUGUGGGUUAGGGUUUCCCUGAGCUCAAGUCUUUUCACCGACAGAUGAUCAAGAUUUUCUUCCACCAAGCACAGGGCUCUCCUCUUCCUCCCUGCUCCCAACAGCAUGGUUUUGCACAUGCAAGUUCAGAUGCAGAAGGCCACUUUAUACACAAAAGCUCUAUUUGUGCAAACAGAACUCUGGCCUAGGAUGGCACUUGGGAAUAGUGUGCAAGAGGGAACAUUCUCUUUCCAUUCACAAAGUUUUGGGAUGGGCAUAUCUUUAUUGAGGACCAAACUUACCAGCAAAAGCUAAAAAAGAAGAAGGGCAAGGCUCUUCACGCAGGAAAGGAGUGUUUCAAUAGGAGCAGGAACACCAUUGGAGGGUUGUUUCAUUUUCUCUGUGUUCGCAUGUAGGAUUCAGAGUUCAUGUGAAUCAAUGUCAUUGAAAUGAAAAAUUUAUCUUUUAAUUGCUUUAUUUAAAAAAGGUUUUGUGUUCUGUUUAUAUUAAAAAAGAUUUACAUCCAGUGUGACAAUUGGAUAACUGUGAUUGUGAAUAAAGUUGAUUUAGGUAUCCCA